GACACAGAACAACAAGCUCUUCCUCUCGUCUCUCUCUCUCGUUUACUCAAAAACACACCGGAAAAAAAAGCCAAUUCUAAAAUUUCAUAGAAUCGAUCCAUCAAUGGCGGUGACUAGUCCAGCUACACGCUUCUCACCACCGCUGAACCGGCCUUUUCACCACAGAUCGGCACUCGUCUCGCUUCAUUGCGCCUCUAGGAACUUCCUCUUCCUCCGAAAUCCCACUCCGAGCUCGACGAUCGUCGCUGUCAGGUGCCAGAAACCUCUUUCCGACGGGAUUAGCUCUAUUGAGUCCAUGAAUCAUGUCUCUUCCGCUUCAUCUUCUGUUUCGUCUUCGAUCGAUUUCCUAACCUUGUGUCAUCGGCUCAAGACAACAAAGAGAAAAGGGUGGAUUAAUCAGGGGAUAAAUGGACCUGAAUCAAUUGCUGAUCAUAUGUACCGUAUGGCUAUAAUGGCAUUGAUAGCUGGUGAUUUUACUGGAGUUAACAGAGAAAGGUGUAUAAAAAUGGCAAUAGUGCAUGACAUCGCUGAAGCUAUUGUUGGAGAUAUUACACCAUCUGAUGGUGUACCUAAGGAAGAAAAGAGUAGGAGGGAGAAAGCAGCUUUAAAAGAGAUGUGCGAGGUUCUGGGUGGAGGCCUCAGAGCGGAGGAGAUCACAGAACUUUGGCUGGAGUAUGAGAACAAUGCUUCUUUAGAAGCAAAUCUUGUAAAAGACUUUGAUAAGGUUGAAAUGAUUCUCCAGGCGCUAGAAUAUGAAGCUGAACAUGGGAAAGUGCUCGACGAAUUUUUCAUAUCGACAGCAGGCAAGUUUCAAACCGAAAUUGGAAAAAGCUGGGCCGCCGAGAUAAACGCGAGGAGGAAAAGCCAAUUGACAAACAGACAGAGAUAGUAAAAUCCAGUUGCAUCAUACCUUAGAUAUCCCUCAACGUUCAACAGUAGAAUCUCGAAAACUAAGCAGACUCCUCCUCUUGAACCAAAAGGUACAAGCUUCUAAUGAAAUUUUCAGUUUUGUAGUUCAACGAACACGAUUUGGUUUUUUACCUUCCCUUUUAGUUACUAGUUGAAGUAGUAGGUCCAUACUUUUAGACAUUCUGGUAAACAUGAAUCCGAACUCAAGAAUAUGCUUGUUUUUUUCAGAAAAUUGAUAUGAACUAAGUAUGGACUUGUCUGACCCUACUUAAACGCGUGUGCAUUGUCAUUGUCA